AUGCGCCCCCAGGGCCCCGCCGCCUCCCCGCGGCGGCUGCUUGGCCUCCUGCUGCUCCUGCUGCUGCAGCCGCGGGCGCCGUCGAGCGCCUCCGAGACGCCCAAAGGGAAGCAAAAGGCUCUGCUCCGGCAGAGGGAGGUGGUGGACCUGUACAAUGGCAUGUGCUUACAAGGGCCGGCGGGGGUGCCCGGGCGAGAUGGGAGCCCCGGGGCCAAUGGCAUCCCUGGUACCCCCGGGAUCCCAGGUCGAGAUGGAUUCAAAGGAGAGAAGGGGGAAUGCCUGCGGGAAGUCUUCGAGGAGUCCUGGACGCCUAACUACAAGCAGUGUUCAUGGAGUUCACUGAAUUAUGGCAUAGAUCUUGGAAAAAUUGCUGAAUGUACAUUCACAAAGAUGCGUUCGAACAGUGCCCUAAGAGUUUUGUUCAGCGGCUCACUUCGGUUAAAAUGCAGAAGUGCAUGCUGUCAGCGUUGGUAUUUCACGUUCAAUGGAGCUGAGUGUUCAGGACCUCUUCCUAUUGAAGCCAUAAUUUAUUUGGACCAAGGAAGCCCUGAAUUGAAUUCAACAAUUAAUAUUCAUCGCACUUCUUCUGUGGAAGGACUCUGUGAAGGCAUUGGUGCUGGACUAGUGGACAUUGCUAUCUGGGUUGGUACUUGCUCAGAUUAUCCGAAAGGAGAUGCCUCUACAGGGUGGAAUUCGGUGUCUCGCAUCAUUAUUGAAGAGCUCCCAAAGUAA